UUUUAAUCGCGUUGAAAGAUCCGUCCGAUCGUUCGAAAAUGGAUGAAGCAGAGAAGUUAACAAAACAUCAACAAUCUAAAAGGUAUAACAAGAAAGAACAUUUAGUUCUUCCUCUUGAGUGGCUACAUCCGGAAAAUGGACGUCAUAUUGAGUCGAUUGAUUGCUUACUCCAUCAUGAUGACCUCAUCAAAGGCACAGAUAUCGUUUCUACGUCUGACAAAAGGAAACCCAUCGAAGGUUCCCUUUUUGAAAAGAAUAUCACCCAAUGGGAAGGAACUAUUACAGCAGUUCGGAGUGAAUGGCAAGGUACUAUUACAUUUAAAGGACGCCUUCCGGUUUGGUUUGUACCGUUAAACGCACAACCGUCGAUGCCAUCAUUGGGCGAUACGGUAAAGUUCUGCUUGUCAUUUGACGACUUUGGUCUUAGUGCUUGGCGAGUGAUGCGUGAUGCAGGGACACAACCUAGUGAUCUUUCCGACAUUGUUAAUAGAGACGGUGAUUCUUCGUCUGAGCAUAGCGAGCAAGAAGAUGUGGAAAAAGAAAACUUUCUUGUUGCUCCAUCACUUUGUUCUAUCGACAUCCAAAAGCCUGACCAAAAACACGGCUUGGAUGAGCAGAAAGAUGAAAAGCCGCAUGCUGGGGCAGUCUUAAAAAAACGCACUAAAACGCACUGGGAUGAAUACAAUGAACAACGGAUGCAAGGUGUAGUUUCCUUUACCAAUUCCGAUACGGGUUUUGGGUUCAUAAAAAACGCAGACGUUGAAGAUAAACUUUUCUUUAACGCUUCACAACUGAGGGAACCAGUAAAAAACCUCGGAGGAAAUAUUGUCAAGGACAUGUUGUUGGAUUUCAAGGUUGAAAAGUUAACUGAACGAACUCGUGCUGCAGAUAUUUGUGUGCUGAAGGUAAGAAAGUCCCUAACUUCGUCAUCUAACUUCAACCAUGCAUGAUAUUUCUAGUGUUGGUCAGUUUAUAUUUCCAAAUAUAAGUUGAAUUAGAAUUUAGUUUAUAUUCGUUAUUUUUUUUGUCUUUUCAGGACGAUAAGCUUCGUGAAUCAAUGCUGGAGAAACUUCGAAAGUAAGUAUGUUGCUAUUAAUAUAAGUAAUUCGCCAUUUGAUCUGUCGACUGGUCGAG